AUGGAGGAUAAAGAUCUUUUUCUUGAUAAAGCGACCUACGAAAAGCUUACUAAAGAAUUUGCUGAAAUUACUAAGACAAACGAAGCCUUAGCUCAUACAUUUUUGCAAGAUUAUGAGUGGAACUUAAAAAAAUCUGUUGAAGCUUUUUUUGAAGCUCUCAAUGAAGAGUCUAAGCAGAAUAAUCAGCCAAUAUUUCAAAACAAACCUUUUACAUUAAAUUCUAGUAACAGUCAAUAUGAUUCAGUUGCAUCAAACUCUCUAUAUGAUACAUCUAUAGUUGAAAGAUUAUUUGGAGAAGGAAAAACAGUUACCACAGAGCCACCACCGAGAAUGAAAUUUUUGUCAUGGAAUUUAGAUGGGUUAGAUGUACAUAAUCUUAAAAGAAGAACUCGAGCAGUCAUUAAAUUAAUUCAAAAACAUGAACCAGAUAUUGUUUUCUUUCAAGAAGUAAUACCAGAGUCAGCAGAAUAUUUUAUAACCAAACUUCCAGAGUACAAAUGUUUAAAGGGUGGUGAAGACAAUUACUUUACCAUGACCCUUCUUCGAAUUUUUACCAUCUUUUAUGAUAACCACUACAUAGUAGAUUACCCGAAUACUAAAAUGGACAGAAAUUUAUUAGUAACUGAAGCUCACAUGGGUAAAUUAAAACUGAAACUUCUUAAUACACAUUUGGAAAGUACUAAAGAACAUUCAGAGGAAAGGCAACAACAAUUAAGCAUUGCCUUUAGCAAGUGUUUGUCUUUCGAAGAAAACAGUACUAUUAUAUUUGGAGGAGAUUUAAAUUUAAGAGAAAAAGAAGUUAAAACGCCUAAAAAUUUUUUUGACUUGUGGGAAUUUUGUGGUUCUCCUCAGCAAUUUAAAUACACAUGGGACAUGACCAAAAAUAGUAAUAAUUCUUCUAAUUUUGGUAAAUUUAAGCCCAAAUGUAGAUUUGAUAGGAUUUAUUACAGGUUUAGUAAUCCCAAAAGAGCAUUUCCUAAACAUUUUGUUUUAAUCGGUUCAGAAAGAGUUCCUCAAACCCAAUCUUUUCCCAGUGAUCAUUGGGGUAUAAUAGUUCUUUUCGAUUUAGACCAUUCUGUAUAG